AUCAACCACCCCGGCCGAGAAAUAUCCACGGCUAGUCUCCUCGCACCCGCCCACCCGCGGCCGCCACUUCGUCGCCCGCUCACUCCCGGUCCCGGUGACCCACCACCGCCUUCGUUCUCCCCGACGACGAUGAUCGCCGCCGCCGCCGCAGCAGCAGCAGGCGCGGCCACCGCCUUCCCGUUCGUCUCCACCGCCUUAUUCCACCGCCCGCGGCUCCGGCCCAGCUGCCCGCGCCGCGCCGCCGCCGGGCCCUCGUCGUCCUGGGAGGAGCGCGAGGACGCGCGGUGGCUCCGCGAGGAGCAGCGCUGGCUGCGGGAGGAGCAGCGGUGGCUCCGCGAGGAGUCGCGCUGGCGCGCCGAGCGCGAGGCGCUCCUCGCCGAGGUCGCCGCGCUGCGGCUCCGCCUCCGCGCGCUCGAGGGCACUCACCCUGCUGAUCACCUCGCGGUCGUCUCCGUUGACGCCGUGGUGGCCUCGCCCGCGCCGCAGCCCAGGCCGGCGCUCGUCGAGGAGGUCGAGGUGAGGAAGGAGGUGGUGGUGGUCGAGGAGAAGAAGGUGGCGGUGGCGGCCAAGGCCGAGGCGGGGAGCGGCGCCGGUGACAGCAGCAAGAGCAGGAGGACGCUGAGGGCGGGGGCCGAGGGCGAGGACGUGCGCGCGAUGCAGGAAGCUUUGCUGAAGCUCGGUUUUUACUCGGGCGAGGAAGACAUGGAGUACUCUAGUUUCUCAUCUGGCACCGAGCGAGCUGUCAAGACAUGGCAGACUUAUUAUCCUGCACACUAUAUUACAUUGAUGCUACGUGAUGAUACGAUGAUACGCACUCUCUUUCAGUCAACGGUUGGAACUUCAGAGAACGGAGUGAUGACGUCGGAGCUACUUGAGUGGCUAUUCUCAGGGAAGACUGGGGAAGAUGCGAAAACGAAAGAUGGCACAAACGGAGCAGCUGUUCCUUCUGUAACAGGGAUUGCGGAGGUUCAGAAAACUGUGAUUACAGAAAAUGGUGUCGCCGGAGCUGGGGUCUCCGAACACAGAGUGUUUCUUCUUGGUGAAAACAGGUGGGAAGACCCAACCAGACUGACGCAAAAUAAAAAACCAGUCAGCACCGGCACUACUGCAUCAACCAAGGCAUGCAUCUCUUGUCGAGGUGAAGGGCGCCUCAUGUGCUUAGAAUGUGAUGGAACAGGUGAGCCGAACAUUGAACCGCAGUUCUUGGAGUGGGUCGGUGAAGAUACAAAGUGCCCAUACUGUGAAGGACUUGGUUCCAUUUUAUGUGAUGUUUGUGAUGGAAAGAAAGUAAUGGCAAGUUAAGUAAGACUUAAAGCAACAACAUGCCUUGUUUGUGUUCGGUUCCCACCCUGGGAAACACGUCUAGGCCAGGCAUCAACGCCAGAUGUUCGAUUUGGGCUCAGAUGAGGCUGCCUGGUGUCACUCCCCAGGCGAGGAUUGCAACCAAACAUGCCAAUAUAGCAGCAUGUGUAGAUACUAGCAAAAUAUUCAGUUUUAUCACAAAACUGAAGAAUGCGUUCAAAUGGCAAUUUGAGUGGACUGUUGUCCUGCAGAAAGCAGAGGCAUAGCAACAGUGUAAUAUUUUUAUGGUACAAUACGAGAUGGAAACAUAUUUAGAAAGAAGAGGAAUGCUUUCCCAAAUCAGGCCUGUAAAAUUAAUGUGCCUAUUAAUAUUUCAUUUGUUACAAUCUCUUCCCAAAAGUAUGUGAUAAUCUCAAAAGCUA